CACCGCGGUAGCUAUGAACGCGUUUACUGCGUUCCGCUCAGCUGCAAAGUCGGUCCUGCGACCACCACGACCACCUCCAGCGGUGAACCUCGGAACGAGGUGUUCAGCAGCGAGGUUCCAUACCACUCCCAUCGUCUUCAAGAAGAAAAAUGACCUCGACUUGGAGGCACUCGGCACCGACAAGAGGAAGCAGCGAAUGCAAGUUCCUAAACACAACCCGACACCCAAGAAACGGCGGAACGAGAAAAUCGGUUUACCCUUCGUCCAACUACUGGAUACGCAGACCAAUACGCCGGGGCCUAUGCGACCUCUCCAAGAAAUCCUCGAUUCCCUGAACCUAGAGGAGUACUAUGUCGAGUUGGUGAGCGAGACCCCGCCGGUGGUGAGGAUUGUCGACAUCAAAGAAGCGCGCGCUGGUACACUCGCCGAACGCCAAAAAUCCAAACGUGGGGCAGGGCAGAAGGAUAUGCACAAAGAAGCCCAGCUAACGUGGUCCAUGGCUGAAGCAGACGAGGCGCACAAGCUCUCCAAAGUGCGUGAAGACCUCGAGAAGGGCUACCGCGUGGAUAUCGUGUUUUCGCCUAAACCCCGGGCGCGUGCGCCUGCUCAGAUGGAGAUGCGGUUCAAGUUGGAGGAGGUGCGGAAGAAGUUUGACGAUGUGGCGAAGGAGUGGAAGGCGAUGAGUGUGGAUAAGAGGAUGGGCGUAUUGUAUUUGCAGAGCAAAGUCAAGGUCACAGCUAAAGUGGACCGGGAGGUGUUGAAGGAGUCGAUACCCAAGUCGGUGUUGGAGAAGAGGGAGAGGAUAGAGAGGGAGCAGAAGCAUUUGGCUAUGAAGCAACAGCAGGCGCAGAAGGAUUUGGAGUCAUCUUACCAGAAUUUGUGGGGCGUAUAG